UCUCCUUUGCAAUCAGAAUGCUUACUGGUCACCUCGAGGCUACAGAGUCAGUGAAGUCAAACGAUGCUAGAGGACCCGAGUCAGGGAGCAGGGGCCAACCAUGAGAAGAAGACCGAUGCUACAGCUCAGGGCCCUGGGGAGGGCAGCAAGCCUGAGGAGGUAAUGGGAUUGCAGAAGCAGAUCUGUGACCUUGCAUCAGAGCUCACAAGACAGGCGGCUUGGUGGUGUGCCGCUCACAAAGACCUCCAAAGCCAGAUCAACGCUCUGGUUAAGGAUAAUGAGGAGCUCCGUGAGGAACUGCAGGCUCUGAAGCAGCAGGGCGUGGACUCCGAUAAAAGCCCUGUAGCCUCCACACCCUCAAGAGGAGCAGCCAACACUAUGCCAAUGUACAUAAGGAUAGAGGGAGUCAAUUCAGAGAAAACGACGUCAUGGGAUGAAAGAGAUGACGAUCCUUCUGUAAGUCUUCAGAACGGCAGCGCCAUGGCCACUGGAGGAGCAGACUCCAUAGACGAAAGACUCUCUUUCAUGUCUUUUGAUGAAAAGGUUAUGCACCUGUCUUCCAAGUUUAUGCAAAGACGCCUUGACAGGAUAUCACCAGAACCACCGUCGGAAACCACAGUCCCGGACACAGAGUCAAUGGCUGAUAUAUGGUCCUCCAAUCCAGAGAGUUCUGAAGGUGAGCUUCUCACACAGGUUCAAGCAAGCAGGCUCCUCCCUGGUUUUUGCCGGAAUCCACUGUGGCUGCAGCAUCUUCUGAGACGGUCAGGAACUCUUAGAGAAGUAUCACACUCCAUGGACCUGAAGAAGGAUAAUGAGACACAGGAAAAGCGGCACCCAAACGGCAAGGUGGAGCAGGUACUCAGCGAUGGGCGAACCAUCAUCACCUUCCCCAAUGGAACCAGGAAGGAGAUCAGUGCUGACAAGAAGACAGUCCUCAUCAAGUUUUUCAAUGGGGACAUGAAGAAAGUCAAGCCCGACCAGAGAGUGAUAUAUUACUACGCGGAUGCUCAGACUACGCACACAACCUACCCAGAUGGUGUCGAAGUCGUGCAGUUUCCGAACAAGUGGACCGAAAAAUUCUACCCGGAUGGCUCGAAGAAAACCGUGUUUCCUGAUGGGACCGUGAAGCAACUGAAGGAUGGAUGUGAGGAGACUGUGUUCCCUGAUGGGACACACGUGAUAGUGAAAAGGAAUGGAGACAAAAUCAUCAUGUUCAGCAAUGGACAAAAGGAAAUCCACACAGCCAGGUUCAAGCGGAGGGAAUUCCCCGAUGGCACCACCAAGACGGUGUACUGCAACGGCUGCCAAGAGACGAAGUAUGCCUCGGGGAGGGUCAGGGUCAAAGAUGAGAUGGGAACUGUCAUCCUGGAUUGGAAAUAG